AUGGAUCUUGACAGACAUAAUGCAUUGACUACUCAACGGGCAAAUCUGGCAGCAGAUAAUAUUGACGCAUGCACAGGCACAAGCCAUCCUGCUGGAGAUUCAUCCCCAGAUGAUUUAUGUUCUUUGUUGAUUAUUGCCUUUCAAUUCCCCUUCGAAAGCCACCUGCAGGAGAAUGUUGCAUCCAUGGCUCGGCAAUAUGUCCGCAAUGUAAUUUCUUCUGUGCAAAAGAUUGCUGCAGCAAUGACACCAUCUGGAUCAAGAUCUGACACGCCGAAGCUAACUCAAGAUUCUCCUGAAACUGUCACCCUUGCAAAUUGGAUCUGUCAAAGCUAUAGGCAAGUUGAAAGAUCUUGA